AUGGUUUACGCAGGUUACUCAAUAAUUAACUGUGGACCCCUAAAAGACAUUGCUGGUAUCAUGAAAUCUCAAAAUACCACCACCUAUAAAUCUGAUAUAACCUAUACUUGUCCAGGAGGAGGAAUAUCAAAAUUAAGAUGUGAAGAGGACAAUAAAUGGAUUCCAAUAGUGUCUACCUGCAAAGUUUCAGAUUAUGUAAAAAUUAACUGUGGACGUCCAAAAAAUGUUCUUGGUGCGUCGAGUUUCUACACAACCACCAACUAUAAAUCUGCAGUGAUCUACACUUGCCGAAGCGGAGAACAACAAAAGUCGACAUGUGAAUGGAAGAGCAAAUGGACUCCUGUAGUGGAAGCGUGUAGAGACUCUCAGAUCCAUUUUGUGAAAGUAGAAAAUGCAAUUUUGAAUGUAUCCAAGAAAACAAUGUGGAAAACACGUGCAACAUUAGAAGCCUGUGCUAAACAAUGUCUGUCAAGCAAAAAUUGUUUAUCAUUUGAAACAGAUAAACAAAAUGGAAAAUGUUACUUAUCACAGGAAAGUGCAGCUUUCUCCAAGAAAUUAAUACCAAGUACACACACAGAUUACUACCAACGAAUAGAAGCUGACAAGCCUUUCAACCUAAGAAGAGUUAGCAUACCACGGAAGAGUACUUUUGGAACACUUAACUUUGAGACUGUAAGUGAGUGCGAUGAAGCUUGUCGUCGAUAUCAAGGAUGUAAUUCUUAUGAGUACAAUGAAGAGACUAAGUUUUGUAUUUUGAGUAAUGUGACUCACUUGACUGGUAAACUUAAACCCAACAAUGCAAGUUGGGAUAUAUUCAUGAUUAACCCAGUUUUCACACGAAUUAACUGUGGACCUCCAAAAAACGUUUCUGGUGCAGUGAAAUCCUUCAAAACUACCACAUUUAAAUCUAUAGUAAUUUAUACUUGCCCAAGGGGAGAACAACUGAGGUCAAUAUGUAAAAUGAACAACAAAUGGAGUGCGGUAGUGUCUAGCUGUAAAGAAAUUGAGAUUUAUUUUGUGAAAGUAAAAGAUGCAACUCUGGAUGUAUCUGAGAAAACACUGAAGGAAGAGAACUUAGCAGCAGAUGAGUGUGCACACAGAUGUUUGUUAGACAAAACCUGUUUAUCAUUUGAAAUAGUUAAAACAAAAGGAAAAUGUUACUUAUCAAAAACAAGUGCAGCUUUCCACAAGAAAUUAAAACCAACAAUACAGAGGGAUUACUACCAAAGAGUAAACCCCAAUGAUAAACCCGUGGUAAUUAAAAAAGCUAACAUACCAGAUCAGUAUACUUUUGGACGAUUUAAGAAUAAGACCUUAGAGGAGUGUAGUCAAGCAUGUCAGCAAUAUCAAGGAUGUAAUUCUUAUGAGUACAACGAAAAAGAUAAAAUAUGUGCCCUGAGUAAUGUCACCCAGACAACUGAAGAACUUAAAGCUGACAAUGGACUUUGGGGUAUAUAUGUAAUUAACUCAGUUCACAGAAAUAUUGAUUGUGGACCACCGAUUGACGUUGCUGGUGCAACAAAGUCUUACAGUUCCACCACCUUUAAAUCUAAAGUAACUUACACUUGUCCAGGAAGAGAAACAUUUAAAUCGAAAUGCAAAAAGAACAGUAAAUGGACUCCAGUACCGUCUGUUUGCAAAGUUUACAGAAACAUUGACUGCGGACCACCAAAAGACGUUGGUGGUGCAUCAAAGUCCUUCAAUACCACCACCUUUCAGUCUGAAGUGAUCUAUAUCUGCCCAAAGGGAGAUAAAUUAAAAGCAACAUGUAAUAAAGAAAACAAAUGGACUACUGUAGUGUCUGAUUGUAAAGAUAUUCCAGCGAAUUUUGUAAAAAUAAGUAGCUCAGUUAUGGAUGUAUCUGGGAAAAUAUUGUGGAAUAAGAAAAAUGUAACAGUAGAAGACUGUGCAGAAAAAUGUUUGUCUUACAAAAAUUGUUUAUCGUUUGAAGUAACUAAAAAAGGUGGAAAAUGUUACCUACUUCAGGGAAGUGCAGCAUCCGCCACAGAAAUAAAAACAUCAAAUAGUAGAGAUUACUACCAACGAGUAAAACCCACUGUUGCGGAGGAUAAAGCAAAUACUGGACCACCUAUGGAUGAAAAUGUAAAGAGGUGUUAUCAAACUUGCCUGAAUUAUGUAGGGUGUAGAUCAUUUGAGUACAGUGAAAAAAUGAAUGCUUGUCAUUUGAGUAAUGUGACUCGCUUGACAUAUAAAAUUCAACUUGACAAUAUAACUGGUUCCAAUAUGAAACCAGAUGUGAAUUUGUUUUUGUUAUCUCCAUUCUAG